CUUUACAAACAUUCAAACUAUUUAAUUCAAUAUGACACUGGGCUCCGAGGGCUUCACGGGCAGGAGGCACUACUGGGAGGUGGAGGUGGGAGACAAGACAGGCUGGGACCUGGGCGUGUGCAGGGAGUCUGUGCGCAGGAAGGGGAAGGUCCGACUGAGACCAGGCAAUGGAUACUGGGCCGUGUGGCUGCGGGAUGGGGGGUACGAGGCCCUCACCUACCCCCCAACCCCCCUCACCGUGCACGUGCGGCCCAGGUGGGUGGGGGUUUUCCUGGACUACAAGGCGGGCAAGGUCUCAUUUUACAACAUGACUGACAAGUCCCAUCUCUUCACUUUUACGGACACUUUCUCUGGGACCCUACGCCCAUAUUUCUAUACUGGAUACAACGUGGCUCCCCUGAUCCUGUGCCUGGUUCCAGCUCAGCCCUGAGGGAAUCCCUGUCACUGGCAUGACACAUGGGGUGCAGACUGUCC